GCUGGGGCUGCUGGGAUUGCUCCUGGAUGUCUCCCACGGCCAUGAGGAUGAGGAUUACUACAUGCAGGAGCUACUCUCCCGGGAGCUGUACUACCGCGUCCCAGGACCCGAGGAGCCUGCUCCCUUCUCGGAGGCACCGGAACCUCGGGCCAGCCUCAAAACUGCCAAAAAAGACCCCGGAGGCCAGAGGGAGAAAGCCAGGCAGACGGAGAAGGUGGCCAGUGACGCUAAAGCAGUUAAAUCUGGAAGUAAGAAAGUUGACAAGAACAAGAAGGGCGGUUUGAAGACUCCAAACAGCAGCAGCGAAGGGGAGGGGCAGUACAAGUCUGAAAGAGAGGAAUGCCCUCCCAUGGGACUGGAGACGCUGAAGAUCGAUGACUUCCAGCUCCACGCCUCCACAAUGAGGCGCUACGGACUGGGGGCCCACCGGGGACGGCUCAACAUCCAGGCGGGGCUGUACGAAGACGAGUUUUAUGACGGAGGGUGGUGUGCUGGGAGGAUGGACCCCCUGCAGUGGUUUGAGGUGGACGCCAGACGGCUGACCAAGUUCACCGGGGUCAUCACGCAAGGCAGGAGCUCCCUCUGGUCGAGCGACUGGGUGACGUCAUAUAAAGUCCUGGUGAGCAACGACAGCCACACGUGGGUGACCAUUAAGAAUGGUACAGAGGACAUGAUCUUUAUUGGAAACAAGGAGAAGGAGAUUCCGGUACUGAACGAGCUGCCUGUACCAGUGGUUGCCCGCUACAUCCGCGUAAACCCACGCUCCUGGUUCAACAGCGGCAGUAUCUGCAUGCGUGUGGAGAUCCUGGGAUGCCCCAUGCCAGACCCCAACAAUUACUACCACAGACGCAAUGAGAUUACAACCACGGACAAUUUGGACUUCAAGCAUCACAGCUACAAAGAGAUGAGGCAGCUGAUGAAAAUUGUCAACGAAAUGUGCCCGAACAUCACAAGGAUCUACAACAUCGGCAAGAGCCACAACGGACUGAAACUCUACGCCAUCGAGAUAUCAGACAACCCAGGAGAGCAUGAACUGGGUGAGCCGGAGUUCCGCUACACCGCCGGGUCCCAUGGCAACGAGGUGCUGGGCCGAGAGCUGCUCCUCCUGCUGAUGCAGUUCAUGUGCCAGGAGUACCUGUCUGGCAACCCACGGAUACGGCACCUGGUAGAGGAGACCCGGAUACACCUGUUGCCCUCUGUCAACCCUGAUGGCUAUGAGAAAGCCUUUGAAGUGGGCUCUGAGCUGGGAGGGUGGUCACUGGGUCGCUGGAGCCAGGACGGCCUGGACAUCCAUCACAACUUCCCCGACCUCAACUCCAUCCUCUGGGAAGCUGAGGCCAAGAACCGGGCGCCCAAGAACGUGCAAAACCACUAUGUGCCCAUCCCCGAAUGGUACCAGAUGAAAAACGCCACGGUUGCCAUGGAGACGCGGGCCCUGAUAGCCUGGAUGGAGAAGAUCCCGUUCGUGCUGGGCGGGAACCUCCAGGGGGGUGAGCUGGUGGUGACCUUCCCCUUCGACAUGACACGCCCCCAGGGGAAGACCCGGGAGCAGACCCCCACCCCCGACGACCAUGUCUUCCGCUGGCUGGCCUUCUCCUACGCCUCCACCCAUCGCCUGAUGACCGACGCCAGCCGUCGCGUCUGCCACACCGAGGACUUCGCCAAGGAGGAUGGCACCAUCAACGGGGCGUCCUGGCACACGGCCCCCGGCAGUAUGAAUGAUUUCAGCUACUUGCACACCAACUGCUUUGAGCUGUCCAUGUACGUGGGCUGUGACAAAUUCCCCCACGAGAGCGAGCUGCCGGAGGAGUGGGAGAACAACCGCGAGUCUCUGCUCGUCUUCAUGGAACAGGUGCAUCGUGGGAUCAAAGGCAUGGUGAGAGAUACGCAGGGGCGGGGCAUCGCCAACGCCAUCAUCUCUGUGGAAGGGAUCAACCACGAUAUCCGCACAGCGUCGGAUGGGGACUACUGGCGCCUGCUGAACCCCGGGGAGUACAAGGUGACGGCAAAGGCCGACGGGUACACCCCCACCAGCAAGGUGUGCGAGGUGGGCUACGAGAUGGGCGCCACCCGCUGCGACUUCGUCAUCACCCGCACCAACCUGUCCCGCAUCAAAGAGAUCAUGGAGAAAUUCGGCAAGCAGCCCAUCAACCUGCCCGCCAGACAGCUGCAGCACCGUCCCAGACAGAGACGCCUGGGGACAUAG